AUGAGCCUAGUGGACGAAAGGCCAGCCAAUCCAAUCAAAGACAUACUGAUAUUUGAAAAGCAGUUAAAUAAAAAGUAUGCGCAUGAGACAAAAAGAAGGUUUGUGUACUUUGUUCUUUUGAUGAUAAUUUUGUCGGGCUACAUUCUGCACGUGACCAGAGAAGUGUACAACGUGCUGUGGGACAUAGAUUGCAGCGACCCUGCAGAAAUGACCGUGCUGCUGUGCAGAAUAUACCUAAGAAUGCUAGGUGCUGUGCUUCUGCUGGGGUAUGUGUUUAUAAGAAUGCUGAGAAAGUCGUCGAAAAUAACGAACUCACUGACUGCACAGCUGAAACUGUUGAACAUUUUCUUCAAAAACCAAAAGCUGAACUUGUGCAGCAUAAAAACCCCAAAUAACAUAAAAGUAGCGAUAAACGUGUUUCGAGAAGAAGAACAGAGAAAGAAAACACACUGGCUAAAGAGAAAAUAA